AUGCUCGCAGCCCCCAUGCCCCCGUUACCGUCUCAUCUUCACCCUCCUUCCGAUGUUGAUCGAACGAACGCACACACAAUCUCACAGACCUCGUGUCAAACAGGCAUCGCUUCCACAAAUAUGUCGUGCGGCAUAUCAUCAAACACAGCAGGCGACGGGCGGUCGACCAUCCCACAGAGACCGAAACUCACGCUUCAGACCAAAUCACUACCAAUGACGUUCGGCAGUUCAACAACAGGGCUGUCUCCCUCGUUAGCAGCCGGUGCCACAGCGUCUCCCACUGUGCGCAACACUUUUAGAAACGCCUAUGAUGUCUCCUCCUGUCCGCCUUCUGCUACCGUGUCACCCUCCAAAUCUUCCAUAUCAAGAUUCGGCAAACCCUCGUCACCAUAUCCCUCUAGUGCUAAUGGGAAUCCAUAUCAACAACCUCUUGGGGUGAAGAGUAUUCUUCGAAACUCGCCAUUAGAACCUACUGCUAGACGGCGAUCGAUAUCCGUGGCCCCGAACGGGCCUAAUGGAGGAUCGAGCUCGCGCAGGAUGUUCUUCCCCGCCGAGAAACGGGUGAGCUAUCGGUAUCCACUUGAGGAGGAGAUCACGACCGUGCACUAUACCGCGCGCCAUUCCGACCUCGCUGACCAGGUGGAACAUUACCCUUCUGGAGAGGCUGGCUCUGGCGAGGACUCGGAUGCCAAUUCUAGCUUUACUUCGUCCGACAUAAGCACAUCCGACGAGGACGAAUAUCGCGCCACAUCACAGUCUCAACGCGAAAGGAAGAAGAGGAAACCUUUAGCUGCGGAAAGACAGAUUCGAGCAGUGGCACUAUUGGAUGGGCUAGAGACCGAUCCGUAUGGUUCCUCAACUCCCCAGACACCGCGCCAGCAUCGCGUCAAGCGCCGUUGCGAAUGGAGAUGGACCUUGGGACCAUUGGAAAAGCGGAACGAGCUUAUCCAAAUACCUCAAACACCCGACGAUGCAUCUUCUAAGAUUCUUGGGGCAAAUGCCACACCUGCAUCGGAUGUGAAUACUCCCGAUGACAAGGACACCGAGAGCUUGGCCACGAGCGACUCGGAGGAUAGUCGGUCUUCCAGCGCUUCUCAGAGGCUCUCCACCCCAACCUCAUCUGUCGCAUCUCCGGAGGACAAGGUCGAGGGCUCGAACACAAAUCAAGCCCUUGAGACUGGGCAGCCAGAUACCGAUAGAUCUCAAGAUUCCUGA